UCCCGCUCGCUCCCGAGGCGACUCGUGGUCGGGGCCGCGCGGGAGCGACAUGCCUGCGCUCCCGGGCUUGUGACCCGCUCAGGGAUGGACUGCGGCUCCGUGGCGGGCGAGCGGCCGAAGCGCACGCCGGGCCGUCAGCGGCUCCUGCCCUCCGGCUGCAGAGUUCCUGCGCGCCCCGGCAUCUCCCCGGUGCCCGGCGGACGAAGCUGGCUGAGGCCUCGCGGACGGGCCGCCCGCGCGUCCCCGCUGCUGCUCCUCCUGCUCGUGCCCUCCCCGCGCCUGGCCGCCACCGCCCCGCGUAGGACGCUGGCUGAGUGCACGCGCCCGGGGCACGCCGUCCCCGUGGCCGCGCUCGGCGCCGGCAGGAACGCGCAAUGCCGUCUGUCGCUGGGCGCCGGGCGUGUGGCCGCGCUGGCAAGCAGCCGGAGAGAGCUCAGCCUGUCUGCUGGGUGCCCGCAGCUGGAGCACAGAAAGGGGAACUUGCCCUCUUCUGUGAGUCGGAAGCUCUACUUUGACACCCACGCUUUGGUGUGCUUACUUGAAGCAAAUGGGUUUACCACUCAACAAGCGGAAAUCAUUGUGUCUGCGUUGGUCAAGAUCACAGAGACCAACAUGAAUAUCGUCUACAGCGAUACUGUCACCAAGGUGCAGCAGGAAAUCACUCUUCAGCAGAUAAUGUCUAAUAUUGCUAACGUGAAGAAAGAUAUGGUGAUCCUGGAGAAGAGUGAGUUUUCCGCCCUCCGAGCAGAAAAUGAGAAAAUAAAACUUGAACUCCACCAGUUAAAACAGCAAAUGAUGGAUGAAGUACUCAAAGUCCGGACAGACACCAAAUUAAACUUCAAUCUAGAGAAGAGCAGAGUAAAAGAAUUGUACUCACUGAACGAGAAGAAGAUGCUGCAGCUGAGGACAGAAAUGGUGUCCCUGCACGCCCAGCAAGACAGAGCCCUGACCCAGACAGACAGGAAGAUAGAAACCGAGGUGGCUGGCCUCAAGACUUUGCUGGAGGCGCACAAGCUCGACACGAUCAAAUACUUAGCAGGGUCUGUGUUUACGUGCCUAACAGUAGCUCUGGGAUUUUAUCGCCUGUGGAUAUAAUAAAGUGCCUAUUUAAAGAAAUUUCUACCGUUUUGCCUCAAGAGUACAAGAUUGUUGUCCCAUCUACCCCAUCCUACUUUUUGCUUCUUGUUUCAAGUUUUAACCCUAAUUUGACUUCAUGCAUAUUGUUUAUUUUUGUGCAAACCGUGGAUCCGUAACCAAGGUGACGAAGUCGGGAUUUCUGUAAUGCUUCUUCAGCGCUCCCCUCUUUAGUUGACUUUCUGACGAGCAGUGUGGACCACGCUUUCAAGACUCCAUUCGACCAAAGCAGUGGACUUGGUCAGUAUAUGACAAAAAUAAAUACCGGUGUCGUCCUCGGCUGCUUUAGGUAGUUUGUAAGGUGGAGAGCUCGGGAACUCAUUUUGAAGACAAAAUAGCUUUAAAUCUGAAGAAUCCUGGGAGUCCAACCCCGAAUACCAUCUCUUCUCCGCCUCUUCAACAGCCGCUCCCCCUUGGCCUAGCUUCCAGCUGCGGGAGCUGCAGCAUCAAGGAAGCUGCACUGGUGCAUCUUAGGGGCCUUUGUUUUCAUUGUCUUAGUAAAAUACGGUGCUUGUUGCUGCGCGCCUGCAGCUGCGAGUCCUGGUGCCUAACGCUGUUUUGUGAGCCCCAGCACAAGGUUUUUCACUGUUGCCAGUCAUGUGUUUCUGGUAUUGAGACAAGGGCUUGCUAUUUAGCCCAGGCUGGCUUUGAGCUCAGUCCCGCAACAGUGCCACCACCCCUAGUGUCUGUCUUUCAGACGGCUAGCUUCCCUGCUCUUCAUCCUCAUACUUUCCUUCACCGUGUGGGAGCUCACCACACUCAUGGCGUUACCUCCCUAGAAAACGUGGAAUUCUUAGAAUGAAACCCCGCUUCAGUUUGGGGUUUCGAGUAAACGUCCUUCUGGUUGUCACCUAUUUUUUUUUUUUUUUUAUAAAAUGGCACACUGCACUUUCCCCUGUGGGCUGUCUAGAUGGUGUCACAGCUCAGGCUGUCGCCCGCCCAGGGAGAGCCGCCACGCUUGCCAUGCGCCUCACGCGCAUUGAUUUCUUUGUGGCUGGAGAUGGCCUCACAUCCACCUUUCCUCUGUCUUUAAAACAAACAGAAGCUGGUGCAGCAGGGUUUUUCUGGAGAAGCGCCUGCUCCUCUUAUUUAAGGUGUUGGCACAUGGAUGAGAGUGAGCAUUUGGGAAGCGGCGACACCAAGGGACCCUUCCUGUCUUUCUCUCACGCAGGCACGAAUGUACAAGCUGGUGCACAGUGUAGAAACCCCUAGAGACAUCACCACUAGAUAUGUGGAAUAAAUCAGCCCCUGUCACAGUUCCAACCACAUUGCUAAAAAUAAAGGCUACCUUUUGUUCCUUGAAUGUAAUUUCCAAGUUUUAGAAAUCAUUAAGUUCUUGCCUCUUCAGAAAACAUUUGUGUAAGAAGAUUCUGAGCCCCACAUAUUAUGGAAACCAAGUGCUUUUGUAUUAGAAGAGUAUCAGGGUGAAACAGAAGUUUAUCCUUUUUAAA